AUUAGCACUGUAUCCUAACAUUAAUAAAGACACUAUAAAAACUCGAUCUUUGAAGCUCACUAGUGAGUAGUGAGUAGUGAGUAGUGAGUAGUGAGUAGUCGCUUAGCACUAAAUAGAACUCCCAAUUCAAAGCAGAUCGAUCACUUGUUGCAAAAUGUUGGCAACCCACUCUCUCUUCUCAAAAAUGUUGGCAACCCACUCUCUGUUUUCAUUCCCGCCAAAAUCCUCAUUUCAUGGCCUUAGUCUUCCAUGCGGUUAUCCCUGCCUCCGCCUCCGCCUCCGCCUCCGAGCACAGCCGCCAUCGUCGUCUACUGUGGCUACGAUGGCCAAGAGAGAUGAAGACUUGACGACUCUACUCCAGCUCGAAGGAGAACGAGGGACCACAGGUGGUUUGGGUGAUUCAUCAAUAUCUGUUAAUCUGGUUAAGAAGAAUACGGGCAGUAGCAGUCAUGGGUCUGCAACCAAUCCGUCCUUGGAAAGCGACGCUUUUAUUGGGUUGGAUGCGAUGCAACGAGCAAAUUCCACACUUGAAGACUUUUGUCGAUCGUACUAUAUGUUCCAUGGGAUGGAUGAGAACAGCCCAGAAGCUAUAUUCAAAUAUUUACCUAUGCUUUCUUUCACUGAAAGCUUUAUCUACCAGUUGGACGCUUUGAAUGAGAAAAUUGUUGAGGUAACUGUAAACAAAGAAGCUGAUCCAAAUGGAAAAUCCGAUGAAGUAUGCAGGCUCAACAAAGUUUUUGAAUCAGAACCAUUACGGCCACUUACGCUCCUACUUGAGAAUCAUGGUCUGCUAACACAGAGGAUAAGAAAAGAACUGAAAGAUGGAGAAGAGUACUGGGCUUUAGAAAGGCGGCUUUGUAAUGCAAUAGAACAAACUGAGAUUUCAAUUGAAGACGUAUUGAGGGGUAUUGAACUGAAAUCUUUUGAUUAUCGGUUUUUGAAUCUUCUUCUGUAUCAGCUGCGGGGAGCAGAGGUUAAUGAUCUGCAUAUGGAAUUCUUGACAAUCUCCGAAUAUCUGGUGGAGGUAUCAGAUGACCUGUUCGACUAUGAGGAGGAUGUGCUGGAGAAUAAUUUCAAUAUCUUACGCAUGUUUGUCAGAAUAUAUGGCGCUGACGCCUCAACCAAGCUAGCUAAAAAUAUUGCCGAGGCUGAAGAGAAGUGUAAAAAACUGUCCGAAUCUUUGGACCCGGAGCUUUAUUCGAGUUACAAGAGAAGGUGCGAAGAAGCAACCAGAGAAGGUGGAAAGGUAUAUGGAUAUCCUCUUGCACCAUGGAAUAUUCCACCUCUAAUAAUGGACGAGGAGCAAUAUAGAUCUAAACGUGCUUUCGGAUGCAACUGAUACCACAACCUAAUCAGGAUUCAGGAAGGCUGUUAUUGGAAAUUGAUGCCCCGGGAAUGUUAUUGGGUCUUGCACAUUUCUACCACCAAGUAGCUAAAAUAAAAUAAUGUGGCUGAUACUUGUAAUUUUGCAUUUGUUUUCCCUUACAUUCCCAGUUUAGGGGUGGUAGUAGGCUAAUAGUGCUUGCUUUAUUUAUUUAUUUUUCAAAGGAAGGCUAAUAGUGAGUCCGAUCCUCUUUAUCCCGCUUCUCGCAGGAGUUUUUUUGAGACAAUAGGGUAAUGAUAAUGAUGAGGGAUAAUAGUGCUUGCUUGAGCCAA